UGUAAAUCAGUUGGUUCAAGUUUUAUUGUCAUAUACUGAUAACAAUGCAGCAUUAGAAAUACAUUUCCCAGAAUGCAAUUCAACAUACGUUUCAACGUGGUGAUGCAAAACGAUUCGGAAAGAUGAAUUUUGGAAUGUGGGUCGCAGAGCGAGCGUGCGAUUCUGGCAUUAAAUAUUGGCAAAGAAAGCACCGGCAGAAACUAUAUUCGGGAAUGCGCAAUUAGUGAUAAGGUAAUCAUUCAUCGUUAUAACGAUUGCGAUAGAAGAGUCGUCUACUGGUCUUUAAAAGCUAGAAGCUAUCCACCAAACGAUUUGUAACCUCGUCGCCUGAGAUUAACUGAUAUAACAUUUGUUGUAAAUAUGGUAUAUAAGCUUGUUUUAAACUUUAUGAUCAGCUUGAGUGAUUUUCUGUGAAUUGGGAAUUGGAAUAUCUUCCCAUACACGUCACGUAUAGUACGAGUCGUUAUGCUCCUCUAUCACCUGCACCUGACUCAGCGCGCCACACAGAUAAAUCUCUGCAGAGCAAGUUUUGCCUGACCGAGAAGCAGCGGCUGAGGGUCGGACUUUGGCGGAUUGAGCCGGUUCACGCCGCAGCCGUUCGUCUUUCGGCACGGGGAGCCCCGCACCCCAUGGUCGGGCGCCCCACCCUGUGCCGGAACCAUGCUGGCUCCGCUGCUGCGCAGGAACGUCUCGCAGAGGCUGAGCGUCGUCCUGUUGGCGUUCGGCUUCGUCUGGGGCCUCAUGCUCAUGCGCUACACCCUCCAGCAGCCGCGCCACCAGAGCAGCGCCGAGCUGCGGCAACAGAUCCUCGACCUCAGCAAGAGAUACGUCAAGGUGCUCACCGAGGAGAACCAGAAUGUUCCUGGGCCACAGGGAACCUCCAUGGCUGGAUAUGCUGACCUGAAACGGACCAUUGCCGUUCUGUUGGAUGACAUCCUGCAGCGACUGGUCAAACUGGAGGGCAAAGUGGACACGGUGAUGAACGGCUCGCUGACGAACAGCACUCACAGUGCCGGCGGGCUUCCUGUUCCCGCCCCUGCCACCUCCCACAGACUCACAAGACAGGAGAUGCCCCCCGUGCGCCCGGAAUCAGCCGACAAGCCAGGCCAAGGGAGAUAGCCUGCUUGCUCCGAUUGGCUAUCGCUUCAUUUCCAAGGCUCCUGAUUGGCUGAAUUAUGUGAUUGGCAUUUUUUUUCACAGAAUUAAUAGACAUUGUUUUGCUCCAGCGUAACAUGUGACUUUUCACGAUGCGUUGAAAGCACCUUUGUGCCCUUACAAUAGAAGCACAUACAUAAUCGCCAGUAACUGCACUUCGUUGCAGCCACGCUGUUUCGCAGUCAGACCGCCGAAUGCUCCAGAUAACUAUACUCCUCGUGUAAAUACGUUGGCUGCACUUGUGGCAUCUUUCUAAGUACCUUGCAAUUGACUGCAGCCUGUUGAAACGCUUGUCUUUCAGCAGCUGGGUGAUCAUGAAGGCAACUGUAGUCGUGUUAUAGUCGUAAAUUAUAGUCUUUCUUAAAUUAUGAAUGAUAUCCAAAGAAUUUAAUUUGCACUGUAUGCAGAGGAGCAAUACGAGCGUUUCUUAGGUUUAUCCGUGAUAAACGUCGUAAAAAGUAGAAUGUACAUUUUAUCAACUUGUAUAUGACAUAAUUUAUCCUUAGAGGGGUUGAUCUCCACUUGCAAACCAACGCUAUUUAAGACAACUUGCUUAGUGUGUGAAAUCAGAAAUGGUAAACAUUGAAGCCUUGUGUUAAGACGUAUUAUAAUUAUGAUUUUUUUUUUAAAGCCGUCUUCUCACUGUUAGACACUAAGUAUUGCAGUGGGUUCACAGAAACGAGCUUUAUGCAGUGUUUUUUUAAAUAAGCAUGUGAUUAUUCACCAUUAUCCAGAAAUACAAAACUUCAUAGAGAAUAAUACUGCCUUUAUACAGUUGAGUUUUGCCAGUGUACAUAUCAGGCCAAUAAUUAAAGGUUGUUCUCAGGAAAAAAAAAAAGUAAUUAAGUGGAGGGGAAAUAAAUUAUCAAACCACACAUAUAUCAAGCCAUUGAUAAGUAGCUGCUUUCUUGAAUUAAUAUCUACGUAGAGCUAACAUUAUAUAGAAUCUAAUGAUAUGGGUUCUGUACAAUUGUAUUAUGUUUUAUAGACAACACUAGAUGCCAAUGAAUAAGAUGUAUUUAGCCAGUAACAGUUGUCUGUAUCCAUGAUUUCAGUCUAGUUUGACCUCCAAUGGCUUAAAAAAAACGACUGCUUCAGGCCACCAUAUUCAUUCAUGUUUAUCAUAAUAUUCCAUUAUACAUGUGCUAAUCACUGUUUGGUCACUUGCUGUGUUUUCAUGUACGAACUUUCAAUAUAUCUGUUUGGCAGUUUCUGUUAAGUUGUCUCUUUGGAUCAUUAAAGCUAUUUUAAUCAUU